AUGGCUCCUCUUAAAGUAAUCGGCGCAGGCUAUGGACGCACUGGUACAGAUAGUCUUCGUACAGCAUUGAACAUGCUUGGCUACAAGUGUCACCACAUGCGUGAAAUGUUCGCUCCCGGACGUCACCCAGAAAAGUUCACUGAAGCUUUCAAGCACCCUGAGAAGCCUGUUGAUUGGGAUACGAUCUAUGAAGGAUUUGAUGCUGCCGUCGAUUGGCCUACCGUUACUUUUAUUGAUCGAUUGAUGGUUGAAUACCCUGAUGCCAAGUUCAUCUUGACUAUUCGAGAUGCUGAAAGCUGGUACAAAUCCGUCAAGAACACCAUUUGGCAGGUGCAACACAAGACCAAGAAGGAAGAUCAACCUGAUGACUUGCCUGAGGAUAUCAAGAAUCAGCUUGAAAUGAUCCGUACUAUUGUUCUCGAUGGUGCAUUUGAUGACCUUGACCGCUUUUUGGAUGAGGAACGCAUCAAGGGAUUAUACAACGCUCAUAACGAAUGGGUCAAGAAGAACAUCCCCAGCGAUCGCUUAUUGAUCAUGGAGCUCGGUGAAGGCUGGGAGAGAAUGUGCAAGUUCUUGGAUAAGCCUGUGCCAAGUGAACCUUAUCCUAGCGUCAACAGCACUGAUUCAUUCAAGCAGAUGAUCAAUUCUGACGUUAACUUCUUUGACAGGAUGAAGGUCAUGUAUGGACAUACCAAGGAUGCCAACGCUGCCGAGUCUUCUUAA